GGCUUGGGUGUAGUCACUGGACACCUUUACAUGUGUAGAAGCUAAGAUGGUUUAUCAGUUUUCACUGAACCGAUGGUCGCCGGUGGCACAGUGCGUGUUGGCUGUCCUGGCAUGGAGUUGGGGUUCUGCCAUGGCGGGUCGGAGUUGCACCGAUACACGACAGGUGUAUGGAGAGAAGGGUUACAGCCUCAGCACUGCCCCGCUGACACAGAUAUCUGGUGAGCACCUGAGGCUCUGCCCCCAGGACUACACCUGCUGCUCCACCCUGAUGGAGGAAACGCUGGCACGCCAGAGCGAGAACGACUUCCUGUCCGCCAUCGACGACAGCAGCCAGUUCCUCCUCACAUCCUUUACACAAAGGCACCGCAAGUUUGACGAGUUUUUCAGAGAGCUUACGGACCUGGCAGAGAAGUCCAUGAAUCAGAUGUUCACCAGGACCUACGGUCGUAUUUACACACAGAAUUCACAUGUCUUCCAGAACCUGUUUGUUGAACUCCGUCGUUAUUACUCCGGUGAGGGGCACUGUGAGCCUGGAGAGGUGAUGGCUGAGUUCUGGUCCCGUCUCGUUGAGCGGAUGUUCUCCCUGGUCAAUCCCCAGUACCAGUUCAGUGAGGACUACCUGGAGUGUGUCAGCAAACACGCAGAACAGCUUCAGCCUUUUGGAGAUGUGCCUCGGAAGCUCCGCAUACAGGUAUUCUAGAACAGUGUGUCCCAACCUUUUUUCCUUGAAGCUUUUCUCGUUUCUGAAAAGUUUCUGUUUCUGUUUCUCUAGCUGAAUGUUGGAUCGGAGUGUGUCCGUGCCCUGAUGCGGCAGUGGUACUGCCCACUCUGUCGGGGGAUACCCACGGUCAAGCCCUGCCACUCACUGUGCCUUAAUGUGAUGAAGGGUUGCCUGGCCAAUCAGGCAGACUUGGACUCGGAAUGGAACAAUUUCAUUGAUGCGCUGGUGGUUGUAGCUGAUAAGCUGGGAGGUCCCUUCAACAUGGAGCUGGCUGCUGACUCCAUCGCCGUCAAGGUGUCGGAGGGGAUAAUGCACAUGCAGGAGAACAGUGUCACCAUCUCCACCAAGGUCUUCCAGGGCUGCGGCCACCCCCGCCCUGCCCCGAGCAGGUCCAAGCGUUCCCCGAAGGAACCGCGUGGGAACCGGAAACCGUUCCGAAACUACAGCCCAGAGGAGAGACCCACCACGGCUGCCGGAACCAACCUGGACCGCCUGGUGUCCGAUCUGAAGGAGCGCUUGCGCCCCAUGAAGGGUUUCUGGGUGUCCCUGCCACACACCAUCUGCAAUGAUGACAAAAUAGCCGCGGACGUUACCAAUGAAGACCGAUGUUGGAACGGACAAACUCGAGGACGGUAUUUGCCGGAUGUGACCGGAGACGGUCUGGUCAGUCAGAUCAACAACCCCGAGGUGGAGGUGGACAUCGCCCGGCCAGACAUCCGCACCCGCCAGCUCAUCAUGGAGCUGCGUGUAGCCACCAACCGCCUGAGGCACGCCCAGGCAGGACAGGACACAGACUUCAUGGACUCUGAGGGGGAAGACAGCAGUGGCUCAGGGGGCGGGGAUGGAGGAGAGAGGUAUAGCGAUGACUGGCCAGGUUACGGGCCCUACUCCCCGCCCUACAACAAGGCACCACGGAACCCUAGUAACCCUAGUAACCCUAGUAACCCUAGCAACCCUGGCCGACCCACCCGCCCGCGUGACCGGACUGGAAGCAAGUGGAACCGUGCCAACCAGGGCCGGGGGAAGUCAGCUGCCCCGCCUUCACUCACAACCUCUCACACCCCCCUCGUCAGUCUGUCACUAGUGCUCUCUCUUGCCCCCUUGUGGAGGUAACCUGCUAUGGCUGUGGUACAGAUUUGGACAGAGAACACGGGGAGAAAAAAAUGUCAUAGUGAAAACACUGUGCCAUUGUCUUUCUAAAGCACAGCAGUCCAAAAGAUGAUGCUAAAUGUAUUAGUGAACCACCAGCUAAUUUUUUUUAUUAGGUAUUGCAAAAAUUCCCAAACAGAAGUAUCACCCUAAUAUUAUUAAGAUACAUCAAUAGCACAAAUAAGGUUAAAUAAUCCCACUAGAGGUGACUGUAAACUUGGGCAGCUAAUGAUUGAAUAGUUUCAAAUAUGAAAACUCUCAUAGUCAUUAUUCAUAGAAAAGUUUACAUAUUAUCAGCGAGGUAAGCAAUAAUAAUUUUUAAAUUACAAUUAUCAAACCCUCAUUGACAAUUAGCAAAUCAGCAGUUCAACUGCAUCAUGUUAGUCUUACUUUUGAACUCUAUGCAGUUUGUAAAUCACUGAACUACAUAGUUUCUUUUUAAUGUAACAAUCUCUUUAGUUGAAUCAAUGGGUCGAGGUUGUCCUUUCUACCUGAUCUAAGCCAAGCACCUUUCUCCUAAAUCAGUGAGAGUAUUGACGUUUCAAAUGAUAUGUUGUGCAUCACUCACAAUGAGCAGUUUUUCAUAUAUCAAAACAAACGAACAAA